GAAAGAUGGCGGCGCCCAUGAAAUUAUUUCCGGUGUACAAUAUUUUUUAAUUUAAUUUUUCUUUUUCAUCAGUUGGAGCAGUUUUUACUGAUCAAAACAUUUAUGACGUAAUAGCGCAUACAUUAAACUGUAGCUAUGUCUCUUCAAGCGGGAGAUGAGGAUUCGAUGAGCUUGGAUAGUGAGAAUGAAAAACUUGGUCUGCUUAGUGGAACUUCGACAACAAUAAUCAGUCCUUCAAAUACUACAAAUAGAGUUGGUACAAGCUGGUAUGCUUCAGUGUUUAUAGUGGUGAAUGCAGCCUUAGGAGCUGGUCUACUCAACUUCCCCAAGGCUUAUAAUGACGCAGGAGGAGUCCUUAUUGCCAUUAUAGUGCAAAUUGUCUUAAUGGUGUUCAUCAUCGGUGCACUGAUAAUCCUUGCUUAUUGUUCCGAUUCAAACCAGAGCGCCACCUAUCAAGAUGUCAUCUACUCGAUGUGUGGAAGACAAGCCCAAAUAUGCUGCUCAUUAGCCAUCCUGAUAUACUGCUUUGGGACGUGUAUUACAUUUUUUAUCAUCAUAGGUGACCAAUGGGAUCGCUUCUUGACAUUUGCCUAUGGGGCAGAUUACUGCCAUUACUGGUACAUGUCUCGUACUUUUACAAUGAUAGUCUCAUCAGUUAUACUCAUACUCCCUCUAUGUUUUCCAAAGAGAAUAGAUUUCCUCAAAUAUGCAAGUAUAGCAGGUGUCUUUGCUGUUGUCUAUGUAGUCAUAUUAAUCACAGUUAAAUAUUUUGUGGGAGAAAAUCAUCCAGGACCAAUCGCAAGCGAACCAAAACAUUGGACCAGUGUAUUCCUAGUGGUUCCAGUUAUAUGCUUCGGAUACCAGUGCCAUGUCAGUGUAGUCCCAAUAUAUUCAUGCCUGAAACAUCGAAGCGUCGGAGAAUUCUUAAAAACAGUCAUAGUUGCUAUGGGGAUAUGUUUUGCAACAUACACAGGGUCAGCCGUAUUUGGAUAUUGGACAUUUGGCUCGUAUGUGAAUGCUGAUAUUUUAGUUUCGUAUAAGCCGACGCCUGAUGUUUUAGUGGGUAUAAUAUUGAUAGCUGGGAAGAUCUACACGACCUAUCCCAUAUUACUGUUCUGCGAAAGGGCAGCAUUCGAGAGUGUCUGGAUUGAGGUACGAUCAUUGACGCCUGAUAUGGUCCUCAGUGGUGAGAAGAAACGACGAUACAUACAGACAAUCAGCCUCUUUUCCACCUCCCUAGCUCUAGCUGUCUUCAUUCCAGAUAUAGGUGUGGUUAUUUCAAUGCUUGGUGCAUUAGCAGGAGUGUUUAUAUUCAUAUUUCCAGGAAUGUGCCUUCUCCAGGCAUUGCUGACACAACCUAUAGGUGUCGCCUGGAAACGUAACAUCUUGUAUGCUCUUGCAUUCGGCUUUAUCGUCAUCGGAACAUUUAUUUUUGGUCUGGUACUCACGCAAGCAAUCAUUGAGGAUGUACUACAUCCAGAGAGCAGUAGCAAGAAAUCACAUUCUUUGUGCCAGUGAGAAUUUUAUAUGGCACUAGCAUAUUAAGCAUAAAGAAUAUCUACCCCUGACCCUGAUAAUCCAUUUGCUAGCCACAGUACAUUCUGACUACUACAGAUGACCUUGAACUUUGAUAUGGAUAAGACCAUAUCAAUCUCAUGUGUUGCUUUUAUGGGAGUUUGAUUGUGAAAUGAUUGGAGGUAGAAACAGUGAUUUUCUUCAUCUUUUCUGUUGGACAAAACCAAAGAAUUAACUCUAAAUUAAAGAGUAUGUAUGAUGUUGAGCUCAGAACAAUGGUAAUUAAAUCCCCCAUGACCAAAGAAUUGACACACAGGUUGUGCUGUGUUGGCAAUAUACUGGGAGUGUGCAAUUUGUGUUACGAAUGUCAGGCUUUUUAGCCCAUACGAUUGAGUGAGGCAGUUGUAAUAACCUACCUGUCUGCUUUUGUUUUAUGAUAUUAUAGUCAUUUGUAAAGGAUGAAAUGAAAUCAUGAGAAUUUAAAAGCUAUUCUGUGCUAUCAUUAGUGCACAAUCCAAGUGACAUGU